AUGGUCCAUUGGUGUCGUGUGUGUGUGAGUGGAGCUUUCGUGCAGUCUUUCAGGCAAUUAUUUCGGUUUCAACCAAAACAAAAAAAUAUCUAAUCUUCAGACUCUAGAUAGAGAAACUCAGAGCCUCGGAGGCACUAUUUGGGUGUUUUCUUCACUUCUGAGAGCUUAAGGUUGAUGAAACAUGGCCAGUUCUAAGGAAAAAGUGGUUCAAAUUCAGACCGAUGAGUUGGUCUCUGUCGAGCUUCCUGCACCCCCGUCUUGGAAGAAACUGUACAUGCCGACUGAAGGAGGUAGGGUUGUAUUUGUUGCUCCUACGGGGGAGGAGAUCAAUAACAAGAGACAGUUAGGCCAGUAUCUAAAAUCCCACCCUGGUAACCCUGCAGCGUCGGAGUUUGAUUGGGGUACUGGGGAGACUCCAAGAAGAUCGUCGAGGAUCAGUGAAAAGAGCAAGGCCAGGCCGUUGACUUCAGAGAUCGAGACACACAAGAAGCGGCGCAGGACGUCAUCCGGGAGGAAGAAGGACAGCAAGGAAGCCGAAGAAGCAGAGGGCAAGGAGGAGGAGAAAGAUAAAGAAGCUGCAAAAGAAACCGAGGGCGAGGAAAAGAAAGAGGCGGAAACUGCUAAAGAAGAGACGGAGGACAAGAAAGAAGGUGAAGAAUCCACCGAGCCUAAAGAUGAAGACACUGCUAAAGAUGAUAAAAGCCUCGACGACUCCAAGGAUGGAGCUGCUGAGGUUGUUGUGAAUGCUGACAAGGCUGAAACAGAAUCAAAGAGCACUGAAUUAACGUCGAGCAUGGAGGGAACAGAUGAAAUUAAGGAAUCCAAGGGAAGCGAUGACCACCCGAAGUUGCAAGACGAGGAGAUUGAAAAUAAUAAGAAAGGACCCGUAAUAGAAAAUGGCGUAGGUAGCCAGCCCCAGCCCGGGUUCACAAACACGCCAAAUAAUCCCUCUCCCGCACCUAUUAGCUGCUGAACAUGUUACUUUCGUUCGUGUUCCGCUAUCUGUCUUUGUCUGCUGCAAAACUUGGUGUAUUAUUCAACAUUUUAGAUGACUGUAAUGUCUGUAUGUGGUAGAUUUAGUUUUCAGGACUUAUUCUACAGAUGCUUCUGUCAUGACUUUGCAGUAAUUAGAUUGUGAUCUGCUAACCUGUUAUUGACAUUUAUUUCCUUUUGUACUGUAGAAUUUGAUUUGUAUUUGUGGUUGUACUAGAUGGAUCAUGGAUGUAAUAAGUGUAACCUACUCUUCUUUUGCUAGUUUAAUUUCUACUGGCUUAUA